CUAGACACUUUUACGCACGACAAGACGCACGGCUGGAGGUGCGCACGGAUCUGAGGAUUAUAAUUUAACCAUCGCUUGUGGAUUAUACAGGACUUCUGGACUCUUGUACUAAAAUGGAUUUGUACCUUUUGCUCUUCGCGCUGUUUGGGACGUUCUCUUUCAUUUUGAGCGCAGGUCUAGCAGCACCCACGGCGCACCCACUCGGCCUCCUCACACCCCACAGCAACAGUGGGCACGUGCGGACCAAGCGCUGCUCGUGCGCCACUUUCCUGGACAAAGAGUGCGUGUACUUCUGCCAUUUGGACAUCAUCUGGGUCAACACGCCCGAGAGGGUGGUGUCGUACGGCCUGGGUAAUGCUCCUAGGACCAAGCGCUCUGUCCUGGGGUCAGAGAGGAGGACGAGCUCCCGAUGCAUGUGUCUCAAGAGGGAGGACCAAAUCUGUGACAACUUCUGUCAACCUCAAAUACAACAACACAGGGAGAAGUUGGAAAAGAUCCCAUCUGUCCAUUGCCAAGAAUGUUCUAGCAGCGAAUGUUCUAGCAGCGAAUGUUCCAGCGGCGAAUGUCAACUAAAUUUGCCACUUAACUCUGCUCAGAGUGGCCCAGAGCUGAGAGCCGUGGUAAGAAGUCAGACAAUUUUGGAGAAGUGGAGGACGAGGAGAAGAGACAGGAGCAGACACCAAAAGUUGAACCUGCUAAAAACAUGAACACUUUUCAACUUUUCCAUCUUAAAGUUAAAUAUCUGGAUGGAGCUUCUCUGCCUCUGGGCCAACCAAAAGUGAAGAAACAAGGAGGAAUGUUGGUUUGAAUACAGAUUUUUAUGUUGGACUGUGGCUGGUGAUGAUGAAGAGCUUGGGAGGAACAGAGGACUCCAGAUGAACUAUAGACUCCACCAUGGAACUUUCUGGCCAAAAAUAGGUUCCGUUCACAUUUUAGUAUCUGAUGAUGUCUUAGUUUCAGAUGUAGGGUGGAGCCUAUAUUUACAGUUUUUGAAAGAAAUGUCCAAAUGUAUGAUCCACAAAUGUUGAACCUUCUCAUUAUUUGUUCGGGGUUUGCUCCACAAACUCAUCACAUUAAUCUUAUGGUUUAAAGUCCUUUCAACUGACAAUUUUUUUGGGGGGGCUGAAUAAUGGCACCACUUUCUAAAGCUCUCGUAAAAAAAACCCUAAUUUCACAUUUGUUAAUUUAUACUGGCCGAGAAAACAUUGAACUUUGUGGCAGUUUUUAUUUCAUGUAGAUAUACAUCCAUUUUCUUCCGCUUAUCCGGGGGCGUGCCACUUAGAGAGAG